ACGCAAGUGGGGAUUUGGUUGAAGUUGACGACCUAGCGCUUGUUGUCGACUGAAGAAGCCUCAUCCGAUCAGCAAGGCGAUUUAGAUACUCUAAUAACAACAUAGAAGACGCGUAAGGUUGUAAAAACUAACGAAGGACGCGAUCCGAUGGUAGCAUAGAUCUGAAUGGAGUCCAGCGGUCCCACCUACCUUUAAUGGAUCCAGCACCUGCUCGAGGCCGGGCCUUCUCGUUUCAUCGAAUGAUCACCUUCAACAUCGCUUACCGGUUCAUCACUCCUAAGAACAUUCCUAGCCGCGCGGCCAGUUCUCCCAAUGGCCAAUCACUUUUCGUUUCCGAACGGAUUCCAUUUGCUUAUAGCAACUCACAAACGCGUCUUUUCAUGGUCACAAGACGGCUUAGUACCAGUCUUUCGGUCCGCAACUCACGGUAUCCUUGCGGCUAGGCAAAGUGGGGACGGACGCGGGAUUCUGGCGAUUGCAGAUAGCCAAAUUGUGAUCUUGCAAAAUGUUAGGCCAGGGAUGAGUCGGGAAUACAAGCUCAAGGGCGAGGAUGGCGAACUUCGCGUACUACAGUUUUCAAGCGACUCACAAAUUCUCUUCUUUACAUCCACCCUCAGCAACGCAGUACAAACCUAUUCAAUUGCCCACUCACGCUUUCUCGAGUCCGCACAGACCCACCCUUCUCCUCCAACCGUGGUAGCUACCUCGAGCAACUCUGAACUUCUCCUUGUGGCUUCAGACAGCCCACCUACUAUCUCUAUCCAGAAUCUCAGCACUCGAAACCAACCCCUAGAGUUCCUACCUCUAGCUUCACUUAGUCGCGUUGUAUGCGCCUCUUUCCACCCUUCACGAUCUACAACAUUUAUUCUUGGGUUUGCGGAUGGCACGCUUGCGGCAUAUCGAAUGCCCACCCCUUCUGGUUGGCUCGCUCUCCGCCCGCCCUUCGAGAUCGGCCGCUACGAACGCUUGCAUAAAGCCUCCAUGGGCGGCAUCGUCGCUGCCGAGUUCAUAUACGGUUACGACGCGAGAGUGGCGAGCGUCGGGAGGGAUGGAAAAUGUCGAUUGGUCGACUUCGGCCGCGGGACGGUGAUGCUGAGGACGUGGCAUAUCAGUAGUCCUGCGACUAGUCUUUCGGUCCUCCCGGUGCCGAAGCUCUCUUCGCCGCGGAGACGUCCUCGACGCGAUGCGGACACCGAGUGGAAGGUACUCAUAGCGAUUGGGAGAGAGGAUGGGAAGGUACUGGUUUUCAAUACGAUUGGGUUGUUGGAGAGGGAGGUGAAGGUUGGGGCUGGCGUUUUUGGGUUGCAGUGGGUGGAGGAUAGUCCUUGAGUGUCACAACGCAACUCUCCUAGAACUAAAGACAAAUCUACAACUUCGAGACAUGAACCUAUUUCUAGCCAUGGAACAUUCAGCUCUAAUUAAGGAAUGACAUCAAAGAUGC